AUGAGAUUGAGUUUUAUGACAUGGAAUUUGAUUUACCAUGAUAGAAGUGAAUUAGUUCUUUCAACUGUAAAUGUAAACUUUCUGGAUUUGGGAGACGAUGAAAUGUGGAAAUGUGUUGAUAAAAUGAAUCAAAAGCGGGAAGCAAUGUGGUGCAAUCUGACAAAUUGGAUGGAAAUUUAA